UAGUGAAGUGGUUAGAGCUUCCUUUUGUCUUCUACGAGAAACAAUUUGUUCACCAUCAUCAGUGUAACGCCAUGAAUAUGAUGUCUGAGAGAUCCUCACUGUAUUCCAAUCCGAUGGGGUGUUAUUACGCUGGUGAUCCGAUCUAUAUUCCACCUCUACAUCAUCGAUUCCCCGAGAUAACCGGGACUUACUCAAUCGACGCUGGUUUUGAUCAAUCUCCAGACUUGAAAAAAAUUUACGAUCACUAUACCAAAGGAAAACCUUCCGUUUCACAAUUGUCCCCUAAAGGUGUUGCUAGAACAAUCGAUUGCUCUGGACUUGUAAUUGAAUGGGAUGCGACUAAAAAUGAGGCAGUUAUUUUGACUUCGGCAAAACUUCUUUUGAGUUCUGUCCAUGAAACUCGAGAAAAUUAUAUCAUUGUAAGGCUGGCAGAUGGAACUUUAUUACUUGGGAAGGAAGAUUAUGUUGAUUAUUAUCACAACCUUCUCACCCUCAGGGUUAAGUCAACAAUGAAAAUUAAAGCGGUAGACUUGAGGUCUAAGCAAGUUGAUUGGGAUGAUCUAGUCGAUGGAAUGAAAGUGACAGCAUUAGGUCGUAUGUUUCCCUUCUGUAGCUUGUUUGACCAUGGCGGUGACUUACAUUUACAAUACCCUUACUUUGGUUGUGGAGAACUUCUGAGCUCUUCUUGCGAUGUUUAUCAGGGUAUUGAAGGAGGACCACUUAUCACUGAUGAUGGAUUUGUGGUUGGGAUUAACUUUCUCGAUAACUACGGUUUUGGCAAUCCACUUCCUACUCCAAUUAUCCUAGCUAGCUUGGAUUUGUGGAAGUCUUAUAGGACUGUUGUGCGACCGUGGUUUGGAUUUAGCGUGGUUGACUUGCAUCAAUUGCCUCCUGAUGUAUGGGAAAGAUUUAAUGUAUCCCCAACUGACUCAUAUGUUGUUGUCAAAGAGGUAUAUAAAGGUUCAAUUGCUUAUGAAAAAGGUGUAUGCCCUGGUGAUUUAAUUGCUACCUGUAAUGGAAUUGCGAUACAUUCUGCCAAGCAGUAUUUCCAGCUAUUGUUCGACAGAUCCUGUGUGGUGACUGCUAGUGGUGACUCUAAUAUGGUUGAUGAAAGUUUCAAAGUUGUUAUUCAAUCAAAUGGCGGUCAUAUUGGUGAAAUUAGCAUCGAAGCUGAUAAUGUAGCUGUUGAUGACAAGAGGUUUUGUUUCAGCUGGCCUUGUUCAGGAGCUGAGUGGGCAUCCAACAAAAUUGGAUCUCAAAGAAAUGAACAUGGUAAUUUUGUCACAAGGGUGGGAGGAAAAAAGGAAUAUUUUUCGUGAAUGAACAUGGUAAUCUGAAAGAAGUAUAUGUGGUAUAGGGCACUUUGUAGUCAGUUUGUAAGAUGUAAUUAUUCUGUGAUACUACUAAGUACUAACAACGUGUAAUUAGAAUUACUGUAGUUGUCAAUAUCAUAUACUCUUGUAAUCACUAUGAUGCUCAUAAUCAAUGCAAAUUAUCAUCAACAAUAACUUCCCUCAA